AGACGCCACAGUAACCCAGAGACAUUGAAUGACUUUGUGUGCUAGUCCCGGCAGUGAGAGAAAAGUUUUGUGUGGGUUUUUGACUGGUCCACGACAGGUUCGGAGCUCAUGGAGGCCCUCAUACCUGUCAUAAACAAACUGCAGGAUGUAUUCAACACAGUGGGCGCCGAUAUCAUUCAGCUGCCGCAGAUCGUGGUCGUAGGGACGCAGAGCAGUGGAAAGAGUUCGGUUUUGGAGAGUCUUGUCGGCAGAGAUAUCCUGCCGCGUGGCACCGGCAUCGUCACCCGUCGGCCGCUCAUUCUUCAGCUUGUGCACAUUGAGCCAGAAGACAGAAGAAAAACCAGUGAGGAGAAUGAAAUCAAGAAUAACGGACGGCUUUUCAGAGGCAUUGACGGAGAUGAAUGGGGGAAGUUCUUACACACCAAAAACAAGAUCUACACAGACUUUGAAGAAAUUAGACGAGAAAUAGAAUCUGAAACGGAAAGAAUAACUGGCAACAAUAAGGGAAUUAGUGAUGAACCGAUUCACCUUAAAAUAUUUUCGCCACAUGUCGUCAAUCUAACGUUGGUGGAUCUUCCUGGCAUCACAAAGGUUCCAGUGGGCGACCAGCCCAAAGACAUUGAGAUUCUCAUCAAAGAACUCAUCGUGAAGUACAUCUCAAACCCGAACUCCAUCAUUCUGGCCGUGACUGCGGCCAACACAGACAUGGCUACAUCAGAGGCUCUAAAAGUGGCUCGGGAGGUGGACCCAGAUGGCAGGAGAACGUUAGCUGUGGUCACCAAGCUGGACCUGAUGGACGCUGGUACGGAUGCCAUGGAUAUCUUGAUGGGAAGGGUCAUUCCUGUCAAGCUGGGUAUUAUUGGUGUGGUUAACAGGAGUCAGUUGGAUAUCAACCAAAAGAAAUUGGUGGCGGAUGCAAUUCGGGAUGAAUAUGCCUUCCUGCAGAAGAAGUAUCCCUCUCUGUCUAGCAGGAAUGGGACCAAAUAUCUGGCCAGGACAUUGAAUAGGUUGUUGAUGCACCACAUCAGAGAUUGUCUCCCGGAGCUGAAAACCAGAAUCAAUGUGCUGGCCGCUCAGUACCAGUCGUUACUCAACAGUUACGGUGAACCCGUGGAGGACACAAGUGCCACCUUGCUUCAGCUCAUCACCAAGUUUGCAGCAGAGUACUGCCACACCAUAGAGGGCACGGCCAAGUACAUUGAGACGGCAGAGCUUUGCGGUGGAGCGAGAAUCUGCUACAUAUUUCAUGAAACGUUUGGUCGAACCUUGGAGUCCGUUGAUCCUCUCGGGGGUCUGACAACGAUUGAUGUGCUGACAGCCAUCAGAAAUGCUACAGGGCCAAGACCUGCGCUGUUUGUGCCUGAGGUUUCCUUCGAGUUGCUGGUUAAGCGGCAGGUCAAGCGCUUGGAGGAGCCUAGUCUGCGUUGUGUGGAGCUGGUUCAUGAAGAGAUGCAGCGGAUCAUUCAGCACUGCAGCAACUACAGCACACAAGAGUUGCUGAGGUUUCCAAAACUCCAUGAUGCCAUCGUAGAAGUGGUUACUUCUCUCCUGAGAAGAAGACUGCCAGUCACCAAUGAAAUGGUGCACAACCUGGUUGCCAUCGAGCUGGCCUAUAUCAACACCAAACACCCAGACUUUGCUGACGCCUGCGGCCUCAUGAACAACAACAUUGAGGAGCAGAGACGCAGCAGAAUGAGAGACCUGCCCUCGGCUGUUCCUAGAGACAAGGCAGCGCCCGGCACCUCUCAGAACACUCCUGCCAGCGAACAAGCGGACAGUGGCACCGGCAACUGGAGGGGAAUGUUGAAGAAAGGCGAUGACGGACUCGUGGCUGGCGACAGGGCGUCGCAGUCCACUUCCGGGACCUCUAGUCCACAGAAAGGUCACGCUGUCAACCUGCUAGAUGUGCCUGUGCCAGUGUCCAGGAAGUUGUCUGCUCGGGAACAGAGGGACUGUGAGGUCAUCGAGAGACUAAUAAAGUCCUACUUUCUCAUUGUCCGGAAAAACAUCCAGGACAGUGUACCGAAGGCAGUGAUGCACUUCCUGGUCAACCACGUGAAAGACUGUCUCCAGAGUGAACUGGUGGGUCAGUUGUACAAGGCCUCGCUGCUGAACGACCUGCUGACGGAGUCAGAGGACAUGGCCCAGAGGCGCAACGAGGCUGCAGACAUGCUGAAGGCGUUGCAGAAAGCCAGUCAGGUGAUAGCUGAAAUCCGAGAGACCCACAUGUGGUGAGGAUCUUCUCACAGACCUGCCUCACCACAGAAGAUCCACCCUUGCUGCUGCUCUAAGCUACUCUCAGAACAGUGUCAAUAUGUUCACAUAGGAGCUUUUGGGCUCUGAUCAUGGGCGCAACUUCGUCCCUUUUCAUCACCCUCAUCCGCUAGAUUAUUCUAUUUUUCUGACUCAACAAAACAAUGAAAAUAGUAAGGGACUCGGACCACUGUUGCCAUGCUGAACAAUGUUAGUUAGGAUUCCAACAGCCACAACUGUAUUACAGUGUAGAUUCCGGUCAUGGAUGUUUCCGAAUGAAUGCACUUAAUUGUUGGAUUUUAUUGGUUCCAAUAAAGG